GAAAAACAGUACACAUUGCAGACAGCGUCCGGGCGGUGCACCUACUAGCCAGCGACACUCCCUCAUCCGUCAUCCCCAAACUGGACGGUGCACAAGGUAGCCACAAAACUACAACAGCCAAAGAGGCUGUCAUCGUUUUAACUUUGGGGUUUGGUCCACUAUGGCGACAGACGGAUGGAAAUACUGAUGACAGUCCGAAAGAUCGCCUCGAUUUGUACGAUGGGCGCCAAUGCCUCAGCUUUGGAGAAGGAAAUCGGACCGGAACAGUUUCCCGUUAAUGAGCAUUACUUUGGCUUGGUCAAUUUUGGGAACACCUGCUACUGUAACUCUGUGCUGCAGGCCCUCUACUUCUGCCGUCCGUUCAGGGAGAAGGUCCUGGCCUACAAAGUCCAGCCCAGGCGUAAAGAGUCCCUCCUCACCUGCCUCUCCGACCUCUUCAACAGCAUCGCCACCCAGAAGAAGAAGGUGGGCGUCAUCCCUCCCAAGAAGUUCAUCUCCCGUCUGAGGAAGGAGAAUGAGCUUUUUGACAACUACAUGCAGCAGGACGCCCACGAGUUCCUCAACUACCUCCUCAACACCAUCGCUGACCUGCUGCAGGAGGAGAAGGGCCAGGAGCGGCAGCAGAAUGGGAAACUGGUGCAGAAUGGCGGCGGGGGAGGUGGGGGGAGUGGUGGAACGGGGGGAGGAGGAGGAGACGGGGAGGAGGGGGAGAAGACGCAGCAGACCUGGGUCCACGAGAUCUUUCAGGGUACUCUGACAAACGAGACCCGCUGCCUCAACUGUGAAGCUGUGAGCAGUAAAGAUGAGGACUUUCUGGAUCUUUCUGUCGAUGUGGAGCAGAACACCUCUAUCACGCACUGUCUCAGGGGUUUCAGCAACACAGAGACACUCUGUAGUGAAUACAAGUACUACUGUGAACAGUGUCGGAGUAAACAGGAAGCACAAAAAAGAAUGCGUGUGAAGAAGUUACCUAUGAUCCUGGCGUUACACCUAAAGAGGUUUAAAUACAUGGACCAGUUGCAUCGCUACACCAAGCUGUCCUAUCGUGUCGUCUUCCCCCUGGAGCUCCGCCUCUUCAACACCUCAGGAGACGCUACCAAUCCCGACCGCAUGUAUGACCUGGUCGCUGUGGUCGUCCAUUGUGGAAGUGGUCCAAACCGUGGUCAUUACAUCACUAUAGUGAAGAGCCAUGGAUUCUGGCUGCUGUUUGAUGAUGACAUAGUAGAGAAAAUCGACGCCCAGGCGAUCGAGGAGUUCUAUGGUCUAACGUCGGACAUUUCUAAGAACUCUGAGUCAGGUUACAUCCUGUUCUACCAGUCUCGGGACUGAACCGACCAAUGGUUGUGGCCGAACGGCCGAAGCGGGCCAAUGGGAUUGGGACUCUGCAUAGAGAGAAGGAGGGGCUUCGGCUGGCACAGGCCCACCACCCAUUUUUUAAAUAUUCAGCUUUGCACUGUGGAACAACAAGAGGAUGGAUGGACCGAUUUCCAGUCAAUGACGGACAAUAUUGCCGCCACCAUCAAAAAAGGAAAAUGUUAUGCUUGGUUAAAAAUAAUUGUUUUAUUGGGGGAGGUGGGGGGGUGUAACAGCAGAUUUAGGGGAAUUAAUAUCAUUGUGUCCCUGCCAUCUUCUGAGCCACCAGCAGGAGUGGCUAAACAGGAGUGGGUUUUAAUGAAAGGUGGAUCCUGCCGUUUCCUGAAUGUUCUGGCUAGUCCGUUGCCUGUUGUGGUCAUAUGGACAGAGUGGUGGAGAGUUGAGUUUGGUCCCUGUGUAGCUGAGCAGACUAAAUCUGGUUGCUAGGUGCUCAGUGUUGAAUUACGUUAUGGUCCCAAGGCUGAAAGUUGCACACACAUUUUGUCACACACUCUUUCUCUCUUGCUCUCACAUGAGUAUGCUCCUGAGCUCCCCCCUCUGGUAACAACAGCAAAUUAAGCCACACACUACAACACACCUGCCAACCAGAUAUUUCUGCUAUGUGUCUCCUAAGUUGCCCGUUGGUGUCACAUUUCCAUUGUGGUGCGCAUUAACAGUGGUGUGCUAUAUAUGGACUAGGCUAUUUACAUCCUGCCGGCCUGUAACCCAGUAUAAAAACCCAAUUGGCUACUGUAACAAUUAACUCCUCUUCCUCCUUUCAUCUGAUCUGAACUUUCCAUAAGAGCCUAAGGUUCUGUUGCCAAUGUUUAAACUUAUUUGAAAGUGUAAAAAUAUACUUUUUGGUUUCCGCCCAAAUAAACCAAAUAUCAGUUUGGUUUGUAUGAUGCUUUUGCUAUGCUGCCGGUUGGUGUAACCAGUUUAAUGCCACUGUUUUAAAAGGCCACAUCAUAAUGCAUUCCCAACACAAUCCAACAGAUGUUACAUGGCAGCCACCGGCAUCUGGCGUUGAGACAACUUGUCCUGUGAAAUCAAUCGAGGCUGUUACACUAUCUGUAUUGAGUCCACUGGCAGUGACCAGGCUGAAGAUGCCUCAUCGUAUACCAGGUAGAACGACACAGUGCUGAUGGCCAGAAAAUGUAGCGGAGUUGUUUUUGGGACAGAGCCCGCUUUGAACUCACGCUCUGUAUUGGUACAGGGCCUGCUUUGCGCAAUUGCCAGCCACAUGGUUUAUGGCUAGGGAUGCACUGAUACCACUUUUUUUCAUUGUCGAUACAGAGGGCGAGCAUCUGUUGAUACAAAGUACCGAUCCGAUACUGCCAUUUCUAUUUUGUUGAAGUGCUAUGAGUGUGAUAAUUUGUUUACAUGAAUUAAAUGUAUACCAUACGUUUUAUUAACAAUUUAAUCAAUAUUUAAGAUGGAACUUAUGGCAUUUUAACAACAUGAAGUCUUACACUCUGAGGUAGAGUAAGCCAUUUGAAGUUAUUUAGUAAUGUAGAAUGUGAAAUCGGAUAUAUGUUGGACUAACAAGUCACUGCAGUGUAAAAAAUUUGACACGCAAUGCAAGUAUUUUAUUGAUAUUUGUUCAAUCACAACUUGAUGGAAGCGACACUAAAAUAACGUUAGGCGUUUUUGGGCCAGUGUCGGAUCGGUGCUUCCCUUCUUGGGUUUCUUUUAAUGGGUUUCUGUGUCUCCGAGUAGCAGUGCCAGUCAAGGAUCAGUUUGUGCUUUUAAACUAUGAAAGAUAACAUUAUUAUGUCCUGGCAGGAUCUGAUUCUGGAUCAGGACUCCCAUCUGAGAUGUUUUAUGAAGGCCUGGAGCAACAGCUUUGAUGUGCUCUGUGGAUCUGUUAGGCCCUGCAUUAAUUUAAAUGUACGACAAUCUGCCUUUGAAAUGGACCGUAAAAAAUGGCUUUGAGUUGGAAUGCAUAGGAUCCCAAAUGUAACCCUGUUUUUUUUUCAAUCAAGUCCCAUAGGGCCAAAUAUAGCCAAUUCAGUUAAUAGGUUGCCAUUUGAGUCAUAGUCUGGCCAGGCCCUGGAAUUUUCCUCAUAUCAAACAAGCCUUACAAGCUGCUGACCUAGUCUGUGUCCCCAUGGCGCCCUAUUUACUGUAUAGCAGUUCACUUCUUUUGUUCCAAGCCCUACUGGGUAUAGAGUACAAUAUCUCUACUUUUGGAUUAUUUUCUGCAUCAUAGCUUAAUUCAGAUUUUUACACCCUCUGCUUUGUACAGUUUUUAAUCUGUGUCUAUGAAGUGUAGCCUAUGACAUGCUGCUAGUUUUUAAGGUUUACUAACAAACUAAUAUGAAGUUGACAUUGUACAAAACUGGUAUUAAUGUUGAAUGUCAGUAGUUUCACAGCAACUUUUCCCAGAUUUCCAAAAUCUCACCUGAACAAUUUCUGGGAUUUAGAACAAAUAUGCUGGGCAUCUGGAGUCCAUGAACCAGAAAUUCUUUACAACCUGGGAAUAUUUUGGGGAAAGUUACAGCAUUUUCCAAAAUGUAACAAAAGCUGGUUUUAAUGUGGCUGUGGGACUUGCUGUUCUACUUAGAAUGUGUUUUGAGCUUAGGAGACCUAAACUCAUUAAUGAUUUAACUUUGUAGCAGUAGUAUCAAUGAGAUCUACCUAGAACACACUUGUGCACUCCGCUAGCCUCCAGGGUCCAUUCUCUGUACAACUCUCAAAUGGCCCCCUAACAUUUUUGUAGUGCACACCUUUUCCCAUAGGGAAAUGGGGCGGGGGGGCAGCACACUUUUUAACCUGUCUCUCUACCUGUCUAUUUCUCUCUGUCGGUUUUUCUCUGUACUCCCUGACCUUUGGUGUUUGUCCAUGUUUUGUUCGCGAGUUAAGCUAACUUUUUCUCUGGCUUGUUUGGGAUUCCUGCUGACAGCGCGACUGGAGCUCACACACAGUCAAUGUUCAUGCUCCAGUUGAUUUGGGCUUGCAGUGAGCGAUAGCGAGCGCUGGACACCGCCGAACACAAUACAGUGAAAUGGGUCUCAGAGCAUUCCAUAGUGCACAUUUCCCCCUGGCUUUGUGAGGAACACGAAAGUUAGCCAAAGGCUGGUGUAGGUUUAAAAAUAGCUUGAGCAGCUUCAUAUGUAACGGACAUCCUACCCAUGCAUCCCAUUUCACUUCCUGGGAUCGUCUGAGUUCGAUCUUGGUCAUUUCUAAAGGUGUGGAAACUGCAAUGUUAUGCCUGUUCCAGGGUUUAUUUUAUAGAAGUGAUCUACCUGGAUUUCGCCUAUAUUAUUGCAUAGGAUGCAGGAUGGAUGGAAUUGGAAUUGCAGGAUGGAAAUGCAUAGGAAUGGAUAAUGAAUGGAAUGAAUAAAGCAGGCAUGUCAUGGACUUGAUUGGGAAUCUAUUUCUAUGCAUGAAUUCCUCUGUUUGAUGAAUUACUUUUGCAAGCCAAGCAUACAAGGCCCAGGUAAUGGCUUCAAACGGUCCAGCUAUUAUUAUUCAAGUGUAGACGAAGCAAAGGAGACAAGGGGAGGUGCUGUCUGUGUUCAAAGGCUACUUAGAGGCUGGGUCCUUUUUCUAUUGUUUUGGGUCGGGCAUUGCCCCACUGGAUCUACAUGUUUUCCCGUCAGCUGACUUCAGAUCAGUCUUACAAUGCCAGUGACCUGUGUUGUUUCUUUCAAAUGUAAUCCUAUAAAGUCUAUGUACUGACCCUUUCAGUUGUUAUGCCAAACACCACCCUAUACUAAAUAGUGUGCUAUUCUUUACCUGCGACCCUAUGGACCAGUGUGAACAGUAGUGCACUAUACAGCUUGUAGGGUGCUUUUGGGGAGCAUCCUCAACCUUACCUCCACUUACUGAAUGCGCCAGCAAGGGCUUAGAUGCAUUCAAAAUAGGGUGUUAUUUUCUUCUCUUUAAAAUGUAUUUAAGUAUAAAGAAUUAUAAUAGAUGUUAACUUUUUCUUAAUGUACACUUUUUUUUAUAUAUAUAUAUUUUACUAAUUUAGUCCUACUAUUCUUGUGUAGGCAGUUAGGAUGAAUGGGGUUGCAAGUUAAUAUUUUGGGGUUAUAUUUGAAAGAUUGUUCAAUCCAAAAUGGUGCCCUAUCCCCUAUGUACUGCACUACUUUUGACCAGGGCCCACAGGGUACUGCACUAUAUAUAAAAUAGGGUGCCAUUGGGGACUGCAAGAAGUUGAAAAUGUGUAAAUAUAAAGAUAUUAUUGGAGCAUAACCAGGUUAGUCAACCCUGGUUGGGGAGUGUCACAAUGAAAUAAGCAACCAGUAUGGUGCCUAGUUAAGACCAACCCCUACUACCUGGAACACUCAGAGACAUGUGGCCACGUCUUUAGUACAAUAGCUUGCUUGAAAUAACAAUGACCAUGCUAGUAUGAUUGGUAAAGUUAAAUUAGGAGCAGGAUUUAUUCCUUGCCAUGUACCCUGACCAGGAAAGACCCCUUUCCUGAAUUUUUUUUUUUUUUACCUGGCCAAUAUGAAAACACUUUCUUAAAGAAAUACACCAAUAAUCAUAAAUCAAAGUCCUAAUACACUUGUGUGGGGAAACCCAUGUUGACUGAUUUCACAUUUCUCAUGGUCCCCCUUCAAAUAAUAUUCAAAAAUAAUUUUUUGUUUUUAUUCUUUGGGGAGGGACUUGACCUGGCUUACUUGUCACUGUAACAUGCCAAAACUGUAAAAGGCAUUAAGCCUAGGUGAUUAAGUUGAAGGGCAAAGUGUGUGUGAGUGGUUGUGUAGGUAUGGUGUGGUUGAAAGGAAAAACGUGUUUAAACUGUUUCCAAUAAAUAUAAUAAAUACUGGUUUAAGGUGGAGAAAGAACUUGACAAACUGCAUAGUU